AUGGCGGAUGUCGAUGAGAUAACGUCGCGUUUCGUCGCGUUGAACGAACAACGCGAGGCCAUCGACGCUGAACGUGCUCCAAAAUGUUUACCAGGAGCACGUAUAGGUUGUUGUACAUAUCCAGAGGAGUUAUUAAGGGGCUAUAUGGCACUUAAUGAAUAUAUUCUUGGCACACAUCAAGGACAUAUCGAAGAUGGAGCUACUAGCAAUAGCCAUCUACAUGUACUAACGGACGAACGUGUUAUUUAUAUAUGUGAAAAUGUUCUAUACGUGAUUGUCUAUCAUCUCAUUGAAACCGGACAGACCGAUGCGAUGUUAGGUGCGUUGGUUCGAAAUGAGCCGUUCUUUGCUAUUUUACCACAAGCAAAGACAGCUAAGAUGGUACGUAAUGUACUUGAGCGUUUAUCGCAGGUGGUCAAGGAUCUUGAUGUACUAUAUAAGGUAUUUGCUAUAUACCGUGGUUGGUGCGUAAGAUUGAAACGUACCUUCCUUGGUCUAAGGCUAGACCUCAAGAUAGCAGUUCUGCUACUCCUGCGACGUAAUUACAGUGCAGCAAUAGCUGCACUUGAUAAACUUCAACAGGAAGUCAAGAGCCUGGAAGAUAAACCUUUGCUGUUGGAUACCCAUCUAGUACAGGCAAAGGCAUACAUACUCGUACGCAACCUCGUGCGUACGAAAAUCGCACUAAGCAACGCUAAAAAUGUUGCUACCAAUAUAAACACACCGACAUAUGUCACCGCAGAGAUCGAUCUCCUUAGUGGACUUCUUUAUCUCUGUGAAUCGGAUUACAGAACUGCCUACACAUAUUUCUUUGAGGCAUAUGAGGGUUUCCAUAUGGCAGUGGGAGGUACACACAGUGUCUUGUUUCCCAACCUCGCAAGGAAUAAGAGUAAAUCGAAGAUGCUUGAACUACUACAGCUGGAUACUCAGGAGCCUACCCUAGUCUCCAAUGCAGCGGUGCCAUUGAUUGUUGGAGAUCCUGAGAGAUAUAGCUGUCAUGCCACCAUUUCGGACAUCUCAGCAGUAUUCUUUACAUUCUACAACCUCUCGGAGUACAAGAGCCAAUCAUCUAUCUCACACACUGUUGAUUUUUGUGGGCAACACUAUAUGCAGUUCUCUUCGAUGUUGGAGCCCAACCUUCCAGACCACGGGAUCGGCCCUAUGGAGAAGUCACCCUUUGAAGACGGUAACGAUCCAAUAGAUGUCAACACUUUGGCCCGGGACGAUGAGCGUAAGCUCGUACAGGCGCUGAAGUACCUACUCUUGGCAGUGGUCAUCACGGGACGCAACGAUGAGCUGAUCCCGAUAUUAUCUGCCAAAAACAAACAAAGGUUCACAAACCAUCUGGAGAUACAAAUGAUACAACGAAUCAGUGAGUGCUACAAGAAGAGUUCGCUUGUAGAAUUCGAAAAACUGCUAGAGGAGUACCGUCAGGUAAUCCUGAUGGACCCAAUUUUGCAGCAAGAGAUCCACAAGCUGUAUGACGCGCUUCUGGAGCGCAAUAUUAGCCACAUAUUGAAGCCUUACAGUGUUGUGGAGAUCUCUUUCGUUGCUACGAAGUUAUCUUUACCUCAGGCAAAGGUAGAGAAGAAGUUGGCAGAGAUGAUCCUGGACGGGAAGUUGCGGGGGACCAUUGACCAAGGUAAUGCGCAUUUAGAGAUUUACGAUGAGGAGGACCAUGAAACGUACUACGAGGACAUAAACACGACCAUUAGACAGAUGACGACUGUAGUAGAUACUUUAUAUGAAAAGGCACAGCGCGCCAUGUGA